UCUUUGUUUAUGUCUUCUGCGAGCGUUUCAGGUCGAGAGCCUCUUUAUUUCUUCUGCGAGCGUUUUAGGGUUUGCAGAAGUUCUGCUUUGCAUCGGCAGCCAUGGCGGUCGUCGCAGCUCAACCAGAGGUUAAGCUUUUCAACAGAUGGUCUUUCGAAGAAGUUCAGGUGGGUGAUAUUUCUUUGGUGGAUUACAUUGGUGUGUCACCAUCCAAGCAUGCCACCUACGUACCACACACAGCAGGGAGGUAUUCUGUGAAGAGAUUCAGGAAGGCCCAGUGCCCCAUUGUGGAGAGGCUGACCAAUUCUCUGAUGAUGCAUGGACGAAACAACGGGAAGAAACUAAUGGCUGUCCGGAUUAUCAAGCAUGCUAUGGAAAUCAUCCAUCUCCUCACAGACUUAAACCCCAUUCAAGUAAUUGUUGAUGCAGUCAUCAACAGUGGGCCAAGAGAAGAUGCAACUCGAAUUGGUUCUGCUGGUGUGGUGAGGCGCCAGGCUGUCGAUAUCUCUCCUCUGAGGCGUGUUAACCAAGCAAUAUAUCUUCUUACAACAGGUGCUCGUGAGAGUGCUUUUAGGAAUAUAAAGACCAUAGCAGAAUGCUUGGCAGAUGAGCUCAUCAAUGCUGCCAAGGGCUCAUCGAACAGUUAUGCCAUCAAGAAGAAGGAUGAGAUUGAGCGAGUUGCCAAGGCCAACCGAUAAGAGGCAUGUAGUUUACCAAGUAGACUAAUGGCAACAGGGGUUCUCUUUUAUUCUGCAUCCUUUUUUAUCGAUUUCUUGCUUGGUUGAUUAUACAUGGAUUGCUCUCAAUUUCUAUGGUAGUAAAUUUUGUUGCUAAUUAUGAGUUUUGGAUUUUUUUUUUUGAAUGUUUGUCGAAUUCUAUUUUUAAGAACAAAUCAACUCGAAUUUUCUUUCCUGCAAGUGCA